CUCUGCGCUCCACGCUCCGCGCUGCUCCGCUCGCCCUCGUGACCGCCGAGCCGAGCCGCGCUGUGCCGCGUCGCGCUGCUCCGCGCCGUGCCGUGCCACUUGCGUGCGCGCACGUGUGUACGUUGGUGUGUGCAUGGGUAGAUUUUUUCGGUUUUUGAAAGACGGCGCACCACGAUGGUGAUCUCGCAGGAGAUGCUCUCGAGGGCGGAGGAGAUCGCCGACCAGGUAAUCCGUAAUGGCAAGCAUGUGCUUCCAACGUUGGCACGAUUAUGCCUGAUAGCUACAUUCCUAGAAGAUGGUUUACGAAUGUGGUUCCAAUGGAGCGAACAACGAGAGUACAUGGAUGCUUCCUGGGGCUGUGGAAAAAUUCUGGCCACCCUCUUCGUCCUCAUAAAUCUUGUGGGACAACUCGGUGGAUGUGUCAUGGUGAUUGGCAGAUGGCGAGUCAGCAUAGCCUGUGGAGUCCUGUUCUUCAUUGUAAUUCUACAGACUAUCGCGUACAGCAUUCUUUGGGACAUGCAAUUUUUAUUCAGGAAUUUGGCGCUAAUAGGAGCACUCUUAUUAGUACUGGCUGAAUCCAGAGUAGAGGGCAGAUCGCUGUUUGCCGGCGUUCCUAGUCUUGGUGACAACAAACCCAAAAAUUUGCUGCAACUAGCAGGUCGAAUACUGUUGGCGUUCAUGUUCAUCACGCUAAUUCGCUUCGAAAUAUCCUUCCUGCAGAUCUUACAAGAUAUUGUUGGCAGCAUCUUGAUGGUGCUAGUGACAAUUGGCUACAAAACUAAGCUGAGUGCAUUACUACUCGUCGCUUUACUGACUGCGUUGAAUUUCUACCACAAUGCAUGGUGGAGUAUUCCUGACUACAAACCGCUCAGGGAUUUCCUCAAAUACGACUUCUUCCAGACACUAUCAGUCAUCGGUGGCCUUCUGAUGAUAGUCUCUCUAGGUCCAGGCGGUGUAUCGAUGGAUGAGCAUAAAAAAGAAUGGUAGAAAAUAAUUCCACUUAUGAAUAAGAAUGUAUGCAUCAUUGGGUUGUUAUUGCGCAGGCGAAUCACGUCUCCCAUUUUUUCCCUAUAUGCGCUCAAAGAAACUUUAAGCAAAUUAUGUUAAACAAUAUGAAACCCAUAGAUGGACCAUUGGUCCAGAGCGAUCAUUUUUUUAUGUUAACUAAUCAAUUAAUCAAAUUUUAUAUUUUAACACUGUGACAAAACGCUCGAAAUAUUUUAAGAUGAUCAGUAAAACUAUCCAUAUUUUAAUUUAUAAAGUUGGAAAAAAAGACAAGAAAAAAAGCAUUACACAUACGUAUAUACGUGAUGAUAUAUAAAAUGGUUAAUGGCAUUGUACAUACAACGUCUGAUGUGGAUAAUGUUGUUUUUUCAUGUAUUUUUAAUUUACCUAAUUUUAAUCGCGAACUAAACUGAUUGUUUUAAAAUUAUUUUAAUACUGGAUUAUUUUAAUACUGCUUCCACUUUUCUGUAUUUAAGAUUUACGAAUUUCCGGGGUGAAAAAAGCCGUCGAUACUAGUUCCAUUGUAACCUUUUUUUUAACUUAAUUAACUGUAAAUAAGUGUUACAGAUUUGUCUUAAUUGUGAAAUAUAAUAAGAGAAAGAGCGGGUUGUUAAUGAGAAAUCAGCAGGUUAAGGGUUAUUAUAGUUAGCUCCAAUAAUAUGUCAUGCGAAAAUAAACCGAUCUUAAAAUAGCGCGCGUUCGAGCCUCUCUUUACAUCAGCAAAACGAGAAAGAGAGAAGAAAGAGAAGGAAGGAAGACUCAGUCCUAUAAAGCCAGUAGGGAAAAUGCAACACCUUCUCAACGUCUUCAUCGCACGAAGCUAGCCGGCGAGAGGGUAAACCUUCAAGAAGUCUGAAAAAAUGAGAAUCAAGAAUCAAGGAUAUAAGCGAAUACCUGUAAACAAAGGUACCUCUAUUUUGUACGGGAAACCAUUUGCCUAUGUUGUAAGAUCGGUGGUGCGCGACGAAAAAUGCGACCAUUGCCUACAAAGGUAAAAAUUUUUUGUCAUGUGUAUAUAUAUAUGUGUGUAUAUAUAUAUGUGUAUAUAUAUACAUAUAUAUAUAUAUAUAUAUAUAUAUAUAUAUAUACAUACAUAUAUAUAAAAAGAUCAUUUUAAUAGAAUUGUUUUGUCCUGUUGUUUCUUCAGUUUUAAUAGGCCUUAUUUUAUGUUGUAUUGUAUCCUUGUUAAACUUUUCUUAUCUAUACGACGUUGAAAAUUUACUGGAAUCAAUUCGUAACAAAAUUAUUGUACAAUAUUUUCUACGUGUAUAAAAUUUUAUUCUAUUUUAUUAACAAAAAUUGAUCCGUCUCAUUGAAUAGGUGUUGAACAACGUAUAAAACAAGUGUUACUGACGAAACAUUAAAAAGCUGAUAUUCUACAUAUUCUGAA